AUGGCACAACGCAAGUCCAAGAAAGCUCGUGCCGAAGUCCCAGUUAAUGAUACGGAAUGUUCCUCCUCCAAAAAUAACCAGCAUGUCAAACGCCCGCCCAACCCAUGGGUACUUUAUCGGUCUCAUACCUGCAAGGCCCUCGAAUUUGAAGGGAUGCAAGCACCUCAGAUCUCCAGAAUCAUUGCAACGCGCUGGAGAGCGUUGUCUGCCCAGGACAGACUAUAUUGGGAGCGAUUAGGCGAGAAGACUUCCCUUGAACAUGCGAUACGACAUCCUGGUUAUAAGUAUCAACCCCGAAAGCCGGUUGAGGGGCUUUCGAAUUCGAAGCGUACCAGAAAGGGGAACAAGAAGGCGCGCCAGGUCGUGGAGGAAGCUGACGUUGUUGGAGAGGAGGACGACGAGACUGCUCAUCUUCCCAAGAAUGCAACGAGCUCCAGUGCUUCGGACUCUCAGCGAGGAGCGAAGCGUGAUCUGGUUUCUCCAGCUGCGUCCUCCUCGACUCUUCCGAUCGUCGCCACGGCCCCUCACGAUCUUGUAGCCUUGCCUAUUGUCCCUUCCACAUCUGCCACAGAGCACAGGAUGCCAGAGGCGACCCAGGAUUCAAACGAAGUCCCGGAAGGAUUAUCCUUCACUGCGUUACCCCAAUGCGCCACCCCUUCCCAAUUUCCUACGCCAUCCGGUUCUUACUAUUCAUUUACCCUCCAAUGCCCUUCAACUUUUACGGGUUCCGUGCCCGAGUUCAACGAGAACGUUCACUUGGAAGCAGUGGAAGAAGAACCUGCCUACCCGACUCUUUCGCUGGACGAAGAUCAUAUGCGCAACCAAUUUACCCCCUCUCCGGUCAUUUUCAAUGACUUCGACGUCGAUCAGGCGAAUAUCAUCACGGACCCAGGCGCUGUUUCCUCGUACCUGGUCGAUAACUUCGGGUUGCCCCAAAGUGAACAUUCCGAUGUCGUUGACUAUUCUCUCUUGCACUUACCUCAGUCCCACGGAUUCGAGCCAGUGUAUGGUCGCUCGGCCGUGGUCGACUACGGCUCCCUCGACUUCGAGCCAUACCCACCACCUGUGGUCGACCAUACGUUGACCGAGGUCACUAAUGACAAUUACGACGCGAGGCAACCGCUUACCUACUACGACGAAAUGUAG